AUGAUAUCUGAUACUUUAUCAUCUUGUCAGCAUCUUCUUGCUCAUAUUUCAUUACAAUUCUUCAUCUGGCUUGUUGGCAUUCUGGCUUUUUUGGGUAACAUUUUCGUUAUUGUACGCAACCUCCGCAUUAUUCGGGCUAAAAAAAAAAAUAAAGCCGACAAAGUCAACCUAUUCUUAAUCAAUAAUUUAGCAAUAUCGGAUUUUAUCAUGUCAAUCUAUUUAUUUAUCAUAGGAUUUGCUAAUUUAGUUUAUAGCAAUCAAGGUCUGUAUGGCAUACGAUCUGAGAAGUGGCUACGACAUCCCCUCUGUGCAGUAUCUUGUACUCUUAUGACUACAUCUAGCAUAGUGUCUGUAUUUUUAAUGGUAGUAAUCAGCAUCGAUCGGUUCAUCACAAUCGUUUAUGCGCUCGA